UCAUGACGUCAAGGAACGCUGGGCCACCUAUUGUAAAGUCACAAGCUCUAGGCCCCACCCUUUAUCUGUCUGUCCCAGGCUUCACCCGGCGUUCCUACUACCCAGGGCCGGGGCGUGGCGAUGAAGGGCGGACGAGAUCUUAAGCCGGCUUCCGGCAGAGCAGACCGCCCCUUGGCUCAAGCCUACGCCCCGUGCCGCCCUGGGCGACUCCAGCGCCACCUCCUGAGCGGCGAGUUCGACCAGCUGCGCGACUUUCCCAUCUUUGAGAGCAACUUCGUGCAGGUGACCCGGUUUGGAGAAGUCGCCAACAAGGUCACCAUGGGGGUGGCAGCCUCUAGCCCUGCCCUGGAGCUGCCAGACCUGCUGCUGCUAGCCGGCCCUGACAAGGAGAAUGGACACCUGCAGCUCCUCGGGCUGUUUCCCUUGCAAUUCGUGCAGCUGUUUGUUCAUGACGUGAGCCGCCAGCAGCUCAAGGUUAAGUUCCGAACUGGCCGCGCCUUUUACUUGCAACUGCGCGCUCCGCCAGAGACCCGUGACUGCGAGUUCGGACGCUGGGUGCGGCUGCUCUACCGCCUGCGAUUCCACUCGCCCACCUGCGCAGUGCCCUUCACACAUGAGGACACUGUGCCUGAGGAGUCUGAGGAUGAGGAUGAGGUCGAGGAGGGGCAGUUGCAGCCCCCGGAGGUGAGGGCGGGACCUCGAGCCCAGGGAUGUUGGGCCAGGAAGGAUGGAAAGGGACCAGGAUAUCAUUUAAUUGCCCAAGAUGUCUCUGGCCUCUCUACCUCUGCCUCAGCCUUCCAGAUAGCUAAAAUAACAGCUGUACCCAUGUGGGUGGUGACCGGCCUGUCUCCUCCUCGCUGUAGGUAAUUUUCAAGAGCUCAGGCCACAGGACGUGAGCUUCACCUUUUACUCCUGUAAAUGCCAUGGCAUGCAGUUCCCUCAAUGAGAUCUGAUCUUUAA